GACAAUGUCACUCAGUUCGUGCCGGAGACUCCUCUCAGCCAUCCCACUCAGAGUUGUGACGUCAUCAAACAGACUUGUGACGUCAUGUAACUCAAUAACCCCACCAAGAUGCUUAGCAUUAUCAACCCCACGAUCUUACAUGUCAACUACUCCUCUUGAAACGAGUGAAGUCACGAUUACAUCCCUUAAUGAAUCUGGUGAUAUACUGGAGACUGUCUCGACUAAUAUUGAUCAACCUGAUGCGGACAGAUUCGCUGUCGUUCAUGUUAAAGGGGUUCAGUUUAAGGUAUCAGUUAAUGACGUCAUACAAGUGGACACUCUGGAUCUGGAGCCUGGAACUAAGAUAACUCUUGACAAAGUCUUGUUGGUUGGAUCUUUAAAUUAUACUCUUAUAGGGAGACCACUUUUACCGGCAUCUACUGUUACGGUAACGGCAAUGGUGAUAGAAAGAGGAAGAGGCCCAUACCUUCGAGUUUACAACUCUGGCAAACAUCACACUCGUCAGUUCUUUUGGGGUAAGACCUGGCACCAUAUGCAUUUCCACGAGUCUGAGACCACUAUGUUGAGGAUCAGAAGUAUUGAAGUUUCGAACUGUGACCUCCAGGAUGCUGGGGAUAGUUGAUCUGUUGGGCGAGGGUCUUGUUAAUUUAUUGAGUGGAUUCGAGUUUAAAGUUACAUUUACGCUUCAAGCAUUAAAUUAUCGGAUAGUAAUAUAAAAGUUAAUUGAGGUUGAGUAAAAGUUUCGUGACGUGGAUUUUGAAGUUAAAACUGUUAUUCAGCCGAGCUCACGGCGAAAUAACAUCAAGAACUGUUUUUUAUUUUCCCUUCAUUGAUGAGUGAUGUUAAUAUUUUUACAAUUUUGAAGUAUUAUC